AAGAUCUCUUCUUUCUGCAGCCUAUGUGGACAGCUCAAAAUGGGAAAAGAGACAAAAAGAGGAGCAUAGCCUGGCUGACUUAGCGCACUUAAUGGACAGAACCUAUGAAAGAAAGCUGCCUGUCAGCUCUUUGACAAUAGCCCGGUUUGUUGACAGCAUUUCUUCACGAGAGGAAGUGGAUCAAGCCGAAUAUUACCUUUACAAGUUUCGGCAUAGUCCAAAUUGCUGGUACUUGAGAGACUGGACCAUCCACAGCUGGAUCAGACAGUGCUUAAAAUAUGGUGCACAAGACAAAGCCUUAUACACAUUAAAAAACAAGGUUCAGUAUGGAAUUUUCCCAGAUAAUUUUACAUUCAAUAUUUUGUUGGAUUGUUUUUUAAAGCAGAAGAAGUAUGAAGAUGCUGUGUCAGUAGUAACAGAGAUCAUGCUGCAAGAAAGUUUUGAUGAAUUCUCAACACAGCUUCUUUCUCUCUAUGUUUUAUACCAGUACCUGGCAACCAAGUCUGAACAUACGUGGGAAGAGGAGAGAAAUCUUGGAGCAUCGCUAGUGCUUACAGGUCUAAAGCAAACAAGCACUGUGGGUUUUAGCUCCCAGCUGUAUGGCUAUGCAUUCCUUG